UUCGCGGGACACCUCACCGAAUCUCUCCAUUGGUCUGUUCAUUAGACCCCACCCCUCUUCGAUGACAGGCUUGGGGAGCCGCCUACGCGCGGCCAAUCAGCGCGGACCUACAGGGUGGCGACGGCACUAGCAGUACCCGCGAUAGCGCUGGGCGCCAGAGGUGGGAGGAAGUCCGAAGUAUCUGCGUGGGGGCUUCGCUGUCACCAUGGGGGCAGUGCUCGGUGUCUGCUCUUUGGCCAGUUGGAUUCCAUGUCUUUGCAGUGGCGCAUCAUGUUUGUUAUGUCACUGUUGUCCCAACAGCAAGAAUUCUACAGUGACUCGGCUUAUUUAUGCUUUCCUGCUUCUUCUUAGUACUCUUGUUGCAUGUAUCAUGCUGGCACCAGGAAUGGAGAACCAUCUCAAAAAGGUGCCUGGUUUUUGUGAUGGCUUUGACUGCGAAGCUUUGGUUGGAUACCGAGCCGUCUAUCGGGUCAGUUUUGCUAUGGCUGUGUUUUUCUGCCUCUUUACACUACUUAUGGUACAAGUGAAAUCAAGUAAAGACCCACGGGCUGCCAUCCACAAUGGAUUUUGGUUCUUCAAAGUAGCUGCAAUUGUUGGAAUCAUGGUUGGGGCAUUUUAUAUUCCAGAAGGGUCUUUCACAAGAGUAUUAUUCUUCUUUGGAACUGGAGGUGCCUUCAUCUUCAUUCUUAUCCAGCUGGUGCUGCUUGUGGAUUUUGCUCAUUCCUGGAAUGAAUCCUGGGUCGAACGGAUGGAAGAGGGAAAUUCCAGGUGCUGGUAUGUUGCCCUGCUGUCAUGCACCUGCUUGAACUACGUUCUUUCGUUCAUUGCCGUUGUGCUUUUCUAUGUCUUCUACACAAAACCAGAUGGCUGUAUUGAGAACAAGUUCUUCAUCAGCUUUAAUAUGAUUGCGUGCAUUGCUGUGUCUAUCACAUCAAUCGUUCCCAAAGUCCAGGAACAUCAGCCUCAUUCUGGUCUUCUCCAGUCCUCUGUGAUUACUCUCUACACCAUGUACCUCACUUGGUCAGCCAUGUCUAACGAGCCUGACCGCCACUGUAACCCAAGCCUUCUGAACAUCAUCAGUCAAAUAUCUGCACCUACUUCCAUCCCAUUGAAUUCAACUGCUCCUCCUACCCCGACGCCAGAAAAAUCACCUCAGUGGUGGGAUGCCCAGAGCAUUGUUGGGCUUAUUAUCUUUGUACUUUGUCUCCUGUAUUCCAGCAUCCGAUCUUCUAACAAUAGCCAAGUGAACAAGUUGACCCUGUCAGUUAGUGACAGUGUCAUUCUGGAUGAUGCACCAAAUACAGCUGAUGGAGAAGAUGGAGAAAUCCGCAGGGUUUUGGACAAUGAAAAGGAUGGUGUUCAGUAUAACUAUAGCUUCUUCCACUUCAUGCUAACUCUUGCUUCCCUCUAUAUAAUGAUGACUCUUACUAAUUGGUACAGUCCUGAUGCUGAAACCAAAACACUGGAAAGCAAAUGGCCAGCUGUCUGGGUGAAGAUCUCUUCAAGCUGGGUUUGUCUUCUUCUUUACAUCUGGACUUUAGUGGCACCCCUGAUCCUUACCAAUCGAGACUUCAGUUAAAUGGUAACUUCUGUGAAAGCAUGGAGAUACGAUGUUCUACUCUGCUGCAAGCCGAAAGUUCUGUAUUGCUUCUUGGAGCUAAGGCUCCAGUCAUCUCUCCUACAACAUGCAGACAAAUAGAAGUCUAACUCAUAUAAUGCUUAAUGCAGAAUCUAAAUGCUGUACAUAUUGGUGUGUUAAAUUCAAAACUAGCAUUCCUAUAAUCUUCUACAGCUGUGCUGUUGAAGAAUUUUGUAAAAAGCUUGUGUUUUGUAAAACUACAAAAUUGUUGUAGUUUUACAAAAACAUUAUCUUUACUGGAAGAAAGCGUGAAUGGAAAGUAAUAUAUUCUAAAGUUGUUGAUAUUUCAUUGUAUGGAAAUGAAUGCCAUUGCUGCAAUGCUCUACAUUCCACUUCAGAAAAAUGUACCUGAUGGAGCUUUGAAUAAUGGAUAAAGCCUUUUUCUUAACAGAGAACAGCAUGCUAAUGUAAUAUAGCAUGCCUAUAACUGGCAACUUUUGGGAUCAUUGUAGAAAACAAAUUUUAUAGGGAUCUAGUAUACUGCUAAACUUUUAAUAUUUUACCAGUUAUCUGAUUUACUUUAAACAAGUUCAAGUCCUGCUUUCUGAACAAGCGAUUUAAUAAGCAAUGCUUGUUAAAGCUAGUACAUCAUUCUGCUCAGUUUGCAAUUAUUUGCACUAUAAACAUGUUUGAUUAAAACUAAAAUUUUAGUGUCA